AUGUCUGGUCUCAGUAACGAUGCUCUCAGUAACGCUGAGAAUAACUUUACUCAAGGUUACGAUUUACAGAGAACGUCUAGUAACUCAAACAUGAAGACGGUUGUCCUAGACCUAGACCUGGAGAUAGAAGAAGACAGAGUUGAACAGGUCAUAACAGAAGAUGAUUUAAAGGAUAAAACUUCCGAACUUCACGCUUUACAACAGGCAAAUGAACAUGCCUGUGCAUAUUGUGGUAUUGAUUCCCCAACAUGUGUCAUAAAAUGUAAUAGUUGCAACAAAUGGUUUUGUAAUUCAAAAAAUGGAACCAAUAGUUCGCACAUUGUUAACCACUUAGUGUUAUCCCAUCAUAAUGUGGUUUCUCUGCAUCCUGAAUCUGAUCUCGGCGAUACUGUUCUGGAAUGUUAUAAUUGUGGUAGGAAAAAUGUUUUCUUAUUGGGAUUUGUCUCUGCAAAGAGUGAAGCUGUUGUUGUUUUAUUAUGUAGAACUCCAUGUGCGCAGACCAAAAAUGCCAAUUGGGAUACCGAUCAAUGGCAGCCACUAAUUGAAGAGAGACAAUUUUUAUCAUGGGUAGCUGAAGAACCAACGGAGGAAGACAAAGUCAAGGCCCGUUUAAUCACCCCAAGUCAAAUUUCAAAGUUAGAAGCUAAAUGGAGAUCAAAUAAAGAUGCUACCAUUAACGAUAUAGAUGCUCCAGAAGAACAGGAAGAAAUAUCUCCAUUACUGCUGAGAUACCAGGAUGCAUAUGAAUAUCAAAGAUCUUACGGUCCUCUAAUAAAAUUGGAGGCAGAUUAUGAUAAGCAACUGAAAGAAUCUCAGGCUUUGGAGCAUAUAUCAGUUACAUGGUCCUUAGCUUUAAACAAUAGGCAUUUGGCCUCUUUCUCAUUAUCCACUUUUGAAUCAAAUGAAUUAAAAGUUGCUGUAGGGGAUGAAAUGAUUCUGUGGUAUUCCGGCUUGAAUCAUCCUGAUUGGGAAGGAAGAGGUUAUAUUGUUCGUUUACCUAAUAGUUUCCAGGAUACAUUUACCUUAGAAUUAAAACCUAGUAAAACACCACCUCCAAUCCAUUUAACAUCUGGUUUCACUGCAGAAUUCAUUUGGAAGGGUACUUCUUAUGACAGAAUGCAAGAUGCGUUGAAAAAGUUUGCAGUUGAUAAGAAAUCAAUUUCUGGCUAUUUAUACUACAAAAUUCUGGGUCAUGAGGUAGUAGAUAUAUCAUUUGAUGUUCCAUUGCCAAAAGAAAUGUCUAUCCCCCAAUUUACAAAGUUAAAUGAUUCUCAAUCAAAUGCGGUAAAGAAAGUUUUACAAAGACCUUUGUCUUUGAUUCAAGGACCUCCAGGUACUGGUAAGACUGUUACAUCAGCUACUAUAGUAUAUCAUCUAUCCAAGAUUCAUAAAGAUAGAAUUCUGGUCUGUGCUCCUUCCAAUGUUGCUGUUGACCAUCUUGCAGCAAAAUUAAGAGACUUAGGCUUGAAGGUUGUUCGUUUAACUGCCAAAUCUAGGGAAGAUGUAGAAAGUUCUGUUUCUAGUUUGGCUUUGCAUAACCUGGUUGCAAGAAGUUCUCAAGGUGAGUUAAAGAAACUACUGAAGAUGAAGGAUGAAAUCGGGGAACUCUCUGCAGCUGACACCAAGAGAUUUGUCAAACUAGUACGGAAAGCUGAAUCUGAGAUUUUGGCAAAGGCUGAUGUUGUUUGUUGCACUUGUGUAGGUGCAGGCGACAAGAGACUGGAUGCCAAGUUCAGAACUGUUCUGAUUGAUGAAAGUACUCAAGCUUCUGAACCGGAAUGUUUAAUCCCAAUUGUAAAGGGGGCUAAACAGGUCAUUUUAGUUGGUGAUCAUCAGCAAUUGGGACCAGUUAUUUUGGAAAGAAAAGCCGCAGAUGCAGGUUUAAGGCAAUCUCUAUUUGAAAGGUUGAUCUCCCUAGGCCACGUUCCAAUUAGGUUAGAAGUACAAUAUCGUAUGAAUCCAAAUCUGAGUGAAUUUCCAAGUAAUAUGUUCUAUGAAGGUAGUUUACAGAAUGGUGUUACGAUAGAACAAAGAACUGUUUCUAACAGUACUUUCCCAUGGCCUAUCCAUGGUGUUCCAAUGAUGUUUUGGGCAAACUAUGGUAGAGAAGAAAUUUCAGCAAAUGGUACAUCAUAUUUGAAUAGAAUAGAAGCUAUGAACUGCGAACGUAUCAUUACUAGAUUAUUCAAAGAUGGCGUCAAGCCAGAACAAAUCGGUGUUAUUACGCCAUAUGAAGGCCAGAGAGCAUAUAUCCUACAAUAUAUGCAAAUGAAUGGUGUUUUGGACAAAAAUCUUUAUGUAAAAGUCGAAGUUGCUUCUGUUGAUGCGUUCCAAGGUCGUGAAAAAGAUUACAUUAUUCUUUCUUGUGUUCGUGCUAAUGAACAGCAAGCCAUUGGGUUUUUACGUGAUCCUCGUCGUUUAAAUGUUGGUUUAACUCGUGCCAAAUAUGGGUUAAUAAUUUUAGGUAAUCCAAGAUCAUUAUCUAGAAAUUUACUAUGGAACCAUUUAUUGAUACAUUUCAGAGAAAAAGGUUGUUUAGUUGAAGGUCCACUAGAUAAUUUACAAUUAUCUACAGUCCAAUUGACUAAACCACAACCAAAUCGCAACCGUCAACAGAACAGAAGCAGCUUCAAGGCUCAAUUUGAUUUUGAUUUCGAUUCAAGUAUGGGAGGGUUCUCCAAUUUGCAAGAAUUUGAUACGCAGAGUAUGAUGAGCUUUGGUGGAGGUGCAAUGGAGAACGGGAUUAACAAUGUAUUUCCACCAAAUGAUGGAUUUUCAUCUUAUUUACAGAACAAUUAUUGGAAUUUUGACCAUAUGAAACAAGAACCUACGCAGUUUACUAAUAAGAGGGGAGGUAAUGUUCAAACGAACCAUGAAGCUCCAUUAGAUAAUAAUUUUGCAAGACAACUUGAACAUGACCAGGAAAUGAAUUUUAAGCAUGCUGAUGUUGAAGAAGCUAGAAAUGGAAUGGCAUCCCUAGAUAUUUAG